UGAUUUUGUUUCCAUGGUAAGAAGGAAAGCUAAAACUGCCGGAUGAAAGAGAGAGAAACUGGAAGAAAUCUCUGUUCUAUGUCUGCCUUAAAGAGCUCCACAUUUCAAGUCUGAAAAUCCAGGGUAGACAACGGCUAACCAAUAAGCUCUCUUGGAAUGUACUGUGUUUGUCCAGACAAAUUCCCGGAUCAGCAGACAUGCCUCAGGCAAUCUGUCCUUGCUGGGAUCCUUGGAAAAUAGGAUGUAAAAGACUUACAAGAAAUUUGACAGGGAAACUGACUCAGUCGCCAACAUCACAUUCAGUAAUUGGAAGCAUGAAAGACCGAAGUAAGUUCCAGAUUUCUCAGAAUCUUCUGUCUCCAUCUCGAAUACAGUUUAUACCCGGAACACACAAACUACCACUACAGAGCAGGGAGUCUCAAGAUAUAGCCAAGGACUUCACACAGCUGUCUCCUAGCUUUUAUCUGGCUCAUAAGAGAGGGCAAUUCUUAUACGAAAAAUCAUCUGACACAUCCUUUUCCAAACCUAUUUUGCCCAGGAGCAAAGACACAAUGUGGGAGUGGAUCCAACACCAGCGGGUGGAGUGCAGAAGAAAGGCCAAAGAACUAUGCGGCCUGGCUUUUAAAACCACAUUGGAUUACUCUGGCCCAACUCACCAGCAGCCGCUGCAACUCCGAGCCAGCCACACAACAGCCACCGGCCAGAGGGGCGAGCAAUUCGAAGAAUUCUCCACCUCUCCCCUAGCAGCAAACCUGCAGUCAAGCUUGGAGAAAUUAUUCCCUAAUCAGCAUCUCUCUCUCUCUCUCUCUCUCUCUCAACUCUUUCUCCAAAGUACUCCGCCUAAGCAGCAGACGGACGACAUUGUGGCUGACUUAGUGGAACAGAUUUCAGAGCUCACUGGCAUUGUGGAACAGCUGCAUCGAGAUCAUGAAAAUUCCCAGAAAGAGCUGGAGGAUGAUAUGGAAAAAAAAUACCAUGAUCUGCAAGAAAAACACGAGAACGAAGUCAGGCAAACUGAAGCACGUCAUAAAUCAGAAGUGGACACUUUAGAAGAGCAGCAUAAGAAGGAGCUUCGGACAGAGAGGGCCACUGCGCAAGAGAAGCUGGCUGGCAUGCUGAAGGAGUACAAGUACCUGAAGAAUGCCUUCCGAGUUUACCAGGACAGCAUUUCUGAUGAAAUGGAAGAAAAAUGGCUGAGAAGGCAAGCAGAAUGGAAGAAAAGCGAGAGGACCGAGCGAGAGAAGGCCCUGUUACAACAGAAGCAGUCUUUGAUGAAGAAGUUUGAACUUGAGCUGGAAGAGCAGAGGAAGUUGAGUCAGACGCACAGUUUUUUGUCAGACAAGACCUUCCAGAAAGAGAAAGAAGAAUUUCUCAAGCAACAUGAAGAGGACUUGGAAAAGAUAAGAAUUUUGACUGAAAAGAUUAACACUUUGGAAGAAGAGGUGAAGGAGAAGAACGAGACUUUGAAUGCCAUCGCUUCAGCCCUUCACAACACAGAAAUAGAGCUCCAGAAUGAGAAAGCCGCUUUGGCAGAUGCAGAGAAAAGUGUCCAGCAUCGGAUCACAGCCCUUGAAGACAAGCAUCGUGCUAACAUGAACAAUAUGGUGGAAGAAAACGUCGCGCUGAGGCGCAAGCUUCUUGAGAAGAAUGAAGAGUUAUUAAACGAACGGUCUCAAAGAAGCUUUAUGUUUUAGUCACAUGAGAGCGAGGAGCGUAAGUUUCUUUUACAGACCCUCCAUGACAACAUUAAAUUUGCAGUCUCUGAGUCAACGUAGAUAACUUGCCAG